UGCACACACAGAAAUGUAGGUGGUGUAGGGAUUUUCAAACUAAUAAUCAAAGCCAAAAUCCAUCUUGAGCAGAACCAGUUCAGGUUUCUCUUGCGUAGCUCCUUUAUCGCGUAUCAUUAUUCUAAGGAAUAAGAAGAACAUGAUAACUCGAGGAUCAUGAUGGUGAUGGUGAUGAUUCUGUGUCAUUCUUUGCUCCUAAACUUUGCGGCAAAGAAAAGAUUUCUCUCCAUUCUGUCUCUCUUCCGCUUCCCUCGCUCUGCUUCCUUUAUUUACCCCCCCCCCCCGCGGCCUUUAUGAGUCACUCCAUUCCACCUCAUUAUUCACCCGUUCUACUUCCUUGUUGUUCGCUUUCUGAGAUUUUGCUUCUCUUCUUUCUUCUUUGUAUUCCUCAGGCUACAUCUCUGUGUUUCUUUAAGUGAACUCUUUUAGUCCUCCCAUCGUGAUCUUCAUGCUUGGAGCUAUAAACUAUGAUUUGAUCUGACUGGCAACUAAGGACUAGGGAGAUCUUUCGUUAAGUUCAACUGAGGAAGCUGUUCAGUUGAUGCAUUUGGUAUGUGAUCUUGGCAUAUACUUUUUGCAAAAUUUCUAAAGACAGCCUUCGGAUCAUAAUUUAUUACAUAUUUGAAGAAAGAUGCCAGGUGAACUGGCUACUAAACUUCGACUAGUCAGGUGUCCUAAGUGCAGGCUACUUCUUCCAGAGCUUCCACAUUAUAAUGUUUACAAGUGUGGUGGGUGUGGCACGACCCUCCAAGCUAAAAGAAGGAAAAGCGACGACGUGAACUCAGAGUCCAGCUCACAUGAAAGUGAAAAAACUCCUAGAAACUCAUCGGAUCUUGUUUCUGAGAAUAUAUCUAGCAAGAAACAGCAACUAGUUUUUUCUCUUGAAAAUGUUGAGAGGACAACAACAGCUGCUGCUUAUUCCACAGGAGAACCUUCCUUGGAUGAUAGCUGUAGAAAGAGUCAAAAUCAAAAUGGUCCUAGGGAGAAUGAUCCGGGCACCAAAGCGACAGAAUGUUCUUCAGUUGAAAAUGCUGGAAGGGAUCAAAGUGAUCGUGGAGAAUGCAAUGGAGAGCAGCUUGAAAUUUCUAAUUUAUCAGCUGAAGAUCUGGAAAAUGAGAUGGCUGCCUGUGAACAUUCAGGCAUCAAAAUCAAUCGGCAUGAGGUAUCCAACAAAUGUUGUUCACCUGGGCUGACUCGAUGUGAGACGGAGGCCAAUGAUGCAAACUUGCAGUUAGCUGGACCAGAAGAUUCAAAUAAUAAAAGCUUGUUAUUAAAGGGAUUGAAAGAGGAGUUAUAUUCUGCAACAGGCGAACAAAAUUUCAAAAGUGACAUUCCAGGAGGUGCAAAAUCAACAGCGAACACCACUGAAAGUGCCUCUGCUUCCAGAAGUACUGCAAAUGUAGCCUCCGAAAAAGCAAGCAUUUCAGAUAUUACUGCUUGUAUUGGUAAAGGGCACGCUGCAUCAUAUAAUAAUGUAAUAUCUUACACUGAACUGUUGAAGCAAGCACAGAGUAGUAUUAAUGUCAGCUUUGAACGUAUAAGGUCUAUGGAUAAAUCUGAUGCCACAGAAGUCAUUAAUCCGGGUUCAGAGUUUGGUGAUACUCUCGGUGAACUGUCCAGUUCUCCAACCACUAGAAGCUCUCAUGCUUAUGAUGGCAGUGUCUCGUCUGAUGAUGGGAUGGACGAGCAUAUCCCUGGUUACCAGCAUUUAAAUCCCUUGGACAACACCAACAGUGUUGUUGAUGAUGUUUCUGAUGAAAGGCCCAGAAUGGCAAAAAUCCUCGUUGAUAGCAUCAUAUAUGGAGAGUCUAAAGCACACCAACGCUUGAAUUUUUCAUCAGAUUUUCGCAGUGAAAACCACCAUGUCAUGAAAGCAGCAGAUAGAAAGGAGUUUCCAUCCAAAAUGCCUUUUCAUUAUCCAGUGGUUCAUCUGCUAUGAAAGUGGCAGCCCAUCAAAUCAGUUACUUUGAUGCAGCUCAACCUUCCUUCCAUCUGACACUUGUGAGGACCCCGAUCAGGAGAAGAUGAAAUUGCUGAGAAUGAUAUACAUAUUGCAGGAUUCAGCAGAACUAGCUCUGUGAAUGUAGAGACAUGGAAGACCUGCUCAAGCACUUGUAAGGGAAAGCGUACAUUGUCCUACCAUAACCAUGACCUUCAAGAGGAAAGAUUUCAGAAGACCUGAAUUGCGAUGGUAGAUGCAUGGAA